AUGGGAUCUUGCUGUUCAAGUAAUAAGGUGGUCAAGGAAACUUAUGAUUACCCAGAUGGAGGAGUCUAUACAGGGGAUAUGGAAAACAAUGUGCCACAUGGAAGAGGCACAAUCAAGUGGGACAAUGGUUCACUAUUUGAGGGAUAAUUUGUGGAAGGACAGAAAAAUGGAAGAGGUUUGUUUAGAUGGAAUGAUGGCUAAUACUAUGAUGGCAAUUUCAAAGAUGAAAAAUUUUAUGGCUAUGGUGAAUAUUUUUGGACUGACGGAAAAAUUUAUAAAGGCAACUGGAUAGAUGGUGAAAUGAGUGGAUAAGGCGAAAUGAUUUAUCCAGAUGGGAGAGUUUAUUAAGGCAGUUUCAAAGCAGACAAAAAGGAUGGCGAUGGAGAAUUGACUUGGCCUAAUGGAAACAAGUACAUUGGGGCUUGGAAGAAGGGCAAAUAACACGGAAAAGGCGUUUUGAUAGAUCGAAUAGGGACUAAAACAGAGGGUACCUGGAAUAAAGGAAAAAAAUAAUGA